CCUCCUCGUCCUCCUUGAUCACGCUAGCCAUCAUGAGGACUCUGAGCAGCCUCUCGCUGCUAUGGGGGAUUGUCGCACCCUCAGCAUUGGCAUUUGAUGCCUUCCGCCUUCCCAACCCAGUCGCAGACGGCUGGCUCCGCAUCCGUGAGGAGCCUACCGUCCUUCAGCAUGGGGAAUACGUCUCCAUGGAUUUCGAUUUGAGUCAAGGCGAUGCUUCUUUCAACUCGACUGCUUCCCACCCGUACCCAGACAUCGUCGCGGGCACCUUCACGCAGCCUCUCGACCACUUCGACGGUUCAACGAACCUGACCUUCGAGCAGCGCUACUGGUACUCGUUGCGCCACUACAAUGCCAGCCGAGCCCCUGGCACCCCCAGCCCAGUGUACGUCCUCGACUCAGGCGAGACGAAUGCUGAGGGCAGGCUGCCUUACCUCGAUCACGGGAUCGUGGAUCUGCUUGCUUCCAAGACGGGCGGCAUUGGCGUGGUGCUAGAGCAUAGAUAUUACGGCAAGUCGUACCCUCCUCGCGAAGCUUUCGGACCAGGAGAAGGUUGGGGCGUCGACGAGCUGCGAUGGCUGAACAAUCGUCAGGCCCUUGAAGACUCGAACAACUUUGCACGCCACGUCAAAUUACAAGGGGUAAGCGAGCCCAUGAAUAGCAAUGAUCAGCCGUAUAUCGCCUACGGCGGCUCGUACCCCGGGGCACGAGCGGCUCAUUUGCGUGUCCUCUUCCCCGAGGUGUGGUACGGCGCUUUCGCCUCAUCCGCAGUCAUAGCGGCAGUCGAGUCCUUUCCCGAGUACUUCUAUCCCCUCGCACGGGGCAUCAAUACCACGGCAAGCCAAGCAUUACAGGCAGCCGUAGCAGCCAUGGAUACAAUUCUUGCUCCUGAGCCAUGGAAGGGAUCGAAGCAGCCCAACAGGGACGAGGGCAAGACCAAGGCUCUACUAGAGCUGGCCGGUCUCAAAGGGCUCACAGAGCCAGCGGACUUUGCGCAGCUUGUUACCUUGCCGCUCGGGGAGUAUCAGAGCGUCAAUUGGGACGACAAGAUCAGCCCGCCGGACUUUGCGACUUUCAUUCAACGCAUGGUUCACACGGACGAGAAGGCGCUUGCUCCUCUUAGAAGCAAGGCUAAGGAGCUGGGCUUGACUGAGGAAGCCCUGCCGGAUGAGGCGCUGCGGCUUAUCAGCUACCUCAGGCGGACGGUCAUUGAUCCGUGUAUCUCUAAGAAUCAUACAGCCGAUGAGUGCUUUGGCUCGGCGGACUACACAAGCUUCAUUGAGAAUAAGAAGCUCACGAGCUCCAAGGCGUGGAUGUUCCAGGUCUGCACUCAAUGGGGCUACCACCAAGUUGCCCCACCCUCCUACCCACCUAGCGACCCACCAGUCUUCCACUCUGGCGGGCCGAAGAUGCUCUCCUCCCUCGUAGACCUGUCCUACUCCUCGGCCUUCUGCCGACGCGGCUUUCCACCAGGCAAGCAUUUCACCAUCCCCGCCCGACCGGACAUUGACGCCGUCAACUCGCUCGGCAACUUCAGCCUCGGAGCUCACACCGACAGGCUUGGAUUUAUAGAUGGGGAGUUCGACCCAUGGCGCCCCGCUACGGCGCACAGUGUUGACUUUGCGGGCGUCAAGCAGCGGGCGCAUACCCUCGAGCGACCUUUCUUGCUCGUGGCGAAUGGGACGCAUCAUUGGGAUGAGAAUGGGCCUACCAAGGGCGGAUCGAAGCCUCCGGGGCAGGUCGAGGCAGUCCACGCCGAGAUGAUUAAGGCAGUUCAGCUGUGGGUCAGAGGCUGGAAAGGGAGGAAAUCUGCCUGAUAUAGACUAUCUUUAAUUAUUAUGCGGACAAUGCUAUCAUCCCAUCCCAUCU